UGUAAACUCCAAAGACCUGGAAAAUUAGGUUUUCCAAACCAAUAAAGUGGCAUGCGAAGAAGAUUGUCCGUGACUUCGAAGGAAGAUUGGAGCCUAGUCUCUUGUCCGCAUGACUGAAACUCAAGAUGCCGCUGGUUCUUUGAAUCGUGGGUCUGUAUUGCUCAAUGUUUCGCUUUUGGCCUGCGCUUCCGGGAUUUUAUUCGCGUGUGGAAGGUUUUUUAGUGUUCAAGCUGGUUAAUCUUUCUAGUAAAAUGACAACAGAGGUAGUUAUCGACAAAAGGAUACCCGAUAAAUGGAGAGACUACAAAUCUUGUGGAACUCCUAUAAGAGGCGAGAGGAUCAUUGCCUUUAAGACACCACUGUCACAGCAAUAUGAUAAUGAAAGUGACCGUGACAAUGGAAUAAAACCACAUGAAAGGUUUACACCAAUGGACCUACUGAAUCAUUUUAGGCAGAAUAACAUAAAACUUGGAAUGGUGGUAGACUUUACCAACACUUACAGAUAUUAUGAUGGCAGGAAGCUCCAAGUUGACCAUGGGAUACUUUAUCGUAAGAUAAAAUGUGUUGGGAAAGAAAUACCAGAUGAGAGAGUUGUGUCAAGGUUCAAGGUUGAGGUCUGCUCGUUUUUGGCUGAGAAUCCCACCUCAGAUGAUGUUAUUGGUGUUCAUUGUACCCAUGGUCUGAACAGAGCCGGUUAUGUUGUUUGCAGGUACCUUAUAGAAUGCAGAGGAUACACGCCUGAAAGGGCCAUUGAAGCAUUCAACCAAGCUAGAGGACAUGAUAUGGAACGUGAGAAUUACUUGGAAGAUCUUCAGAAGAAGACGCCGAAAACCGAGGACUUGUCUUGCAUUCAAAGUGGAAAUAGGCGAAGAGAGCAAAAUGUUCCAUAUGACAAACCGAGAUAUCUUCACACCAGCAGGGAGUUCUUCACAAAACAUGCUGCAUCAGAUCAGGAGAGAAUGAACUGGAGACCAGCCCAGUACAACAGACAUCUAAACGAGUAUCAUGACUUGAAACCACGUUGUCGUAGUGAAGAUCGUUAUCUACCGGUUGACAACCAUACCCAGUUACGAAGCUACACAUCAAGGAGAUUCCCAAACAGAGAGCAAAGAGGUCAUAGCAAUUAUCGCAAUUCUGCUGGUAAUUAUCAUCAUCCCGGUAAUAAUUAUUAUAAUUAUGAUAAUUAUCGUCAUUAUGAUGACUUUAAUCAUUCUCGUAAUGAUUACCGAAAUCACGAGAACAGUUACCAUAAUUACAAUAAUUAUGCAAGCUAUGAUUUUGACGAUUUUCAACCUGGAAGAAGCCGAGAAGAAUCUUACAGACGUGAUCAUGUGAUGAGAAGCAAGCCUCCAUCCACUAGCAAUCGACCGAAACCGUACUCUUACCAAAGAGGCAGGCGUUAAGAGGAGUUCCAAGAGCGUAGUGUUUUUAUUUUUGACACCUCGAUAAAAAGGUUUGCUGUCAUUUUAAAUAUCUUUAAGGGAAUUGUUAUAGUUAAAGUUGGAAGUACUGAGAAAGUAUACCUUUAAAGCUUACAAAGAAACCUGAAAACGCCAAGGGGGGAUGUCUCUAAAAAGAUGUGAGAACAACAUCAACAUGAAAUGACCAAAGUCUUGGGGGGAUUUUUAGCAAAAGGUAAACUGACAGGGCGAAUUGAUUCAGCCACAAAUUGAUUUAUCCAGAAACAAAGGUAGAUAUCUAUGAGAGUUUUAAGACGUGCUGUUCUUUGGGUCCCGUUGUGGUUGUAAUAAAAUAUUUGUUUUUAAAGCGAGCGCAUGUACAAGGCACGUUGUAAUCAGCGUCAAAGUGUGUUAAAAGACAACUGAAGGUGCCCUGGGAAAUAAACGUUGAUUGUACUGUAUUUUUACUGUGAUCACUUACAACAUGUCUCAAGUGGUACCUCGUUCUAUUUGGAUUUGGAAUGUAGUUUUUACUGUCGUUUUAUAUAGUUAUCAACUCGAGGGCUCAUUUGAUUUAAGGUCAUUCUUUCAUAUUUAUGUUCAGAUGCCAAUUAGAUGACAAACCGCGUGUUCCUGAGCGGACCUAGUGAUAUUUAUUAUUAGUCUUAGAUUUUAUCUUAUCCCUAAUAAACUACCUUUUUAGAGUUAUUUUAUUAAAUCUCUGGAAUAGAUUC